AUGCCAUGUCCUCACUGCCCGCAAGAAGAGAUUGAAGCGGUGCUUGCCGUGAAAAUGUCUCAGAGUAGUUUUGAAGAGUUUCCUGUAUCUAAUGAAGCCGACAAUACAGAACAUGCAAUGGAAGUUAUACCAACAUUAAAUCAAUUCCAACAGCCAAUUGCUUUAGAGAUUGUCAAUAAUUGGAAAAUGCAGAAGUUGCAUUAUAUUGAAGGGAUUAGUGGAACUGGAAAGACAUACUUGUUAAAUGCUAUUUGUGGACUAUUCAAAAACUUCUCCCUCAACAUCGAGAUAAUCUCGCCAUGUCCAUUUCCAAGAGAACAUAAGUCAAUUUUAAAGAUUCUCUCGAAUCAUGAUGUUUUUCUUGAAGAAAUUGAUAAGCUUAAACGAGCAAUGCAAAAUGAUAAGCCGUUUGGAGGCAAAGCAAUUGUAAUGGCUGCUGAUUUUGGCCAAUUGCUGCCGUUUUCGCUAAACUUCAAUCAGAAAGUUAAGAAUAGUCUCAAGCAUUUAGCUGAAAAUCUGGUGGCACCAUUUAAAAAGCAUGUGCUUCCUACGCCAACGGAUGAUUGGAGCCAGUUUAUGUACAUGGUUAGACAAACACCGAAGAUUGUGAUUCCCGACGCAAAUGUUGUAAGCUCUUUGGAUGAACUUAUCGACUUCACAUUUGGACCGCUCUACACAGAGAUUCCAAAUUUGAAUGGCAUCAUUUUGACUCCAAAAAAAGCAGACGUAGAAUAUAUCAACUUGAAAAUUAUGGAUCAAAUUAAAGGAAAGGAUUUGGUCUUCGAAGCAAAGCUCAACACAAGAAUUAUAAGAUCUGACCUAAGUUUGCAUUCAAUGACUCUCAGUUUUGAGUUUCUCUAUGCUAGGCUGUCUUUUUCAGUAGAUUCCAAGCAUGAGAAAGGUUGUAUCGUUGCUCUUGACGAACCAUUCGAGGGUCUCCAAAAAGGAACACGUCUACUUUUUGAAGAUUUGAAUGGAAAUCAUUUAUGUUGUAAAGUAAUCGAAACUGGAAAAGAUGUCGAUAUUAGCAGAGUGAAGAGACUUAUUGGUUCCAGUGGAAAAUCAAACAAUACUCAGCAAAGUGUUCUUCAGUUCCCAGUCAGUUUGAACUUCGCAUCCACCAUUCAUGGUUCUCAGGGGAAGUCGUUCGAAAAACUUGGAUUGUACAAACUGAAUGAAUGUUUUGAGCACGGAAUGAUCUACACAGCAAUUUCGAGGGUCAGAAGGUUCGAAGACUACAAAGUUUUUACCGAAGACACAGUCAUCGAGAAUAAAAUCGAGCAAAGCCUUUUGUAA